AUGAUGAACACUAACUCAGAAAAAGUGUUACACUUUGAUCCCAUUGUUAGAUUGUCAGAAAUUGCUGAUAAGUUUAUUUCACAAGAUAAUAAAUAUACUAAUAUGAAAUCCUCCUUACAGGAAUGUAUUGACACAUUAGCAAACUAUCAAGAUGAAUGUAAGAAAUUAAAGAAAUUAAGUGUUAAAAAUCAGCAAGAUGAUUCUGACAAAAAAGACAUCAACUUAUUAGGUGACAUUUAUUCAUUAUAUGAAUCAGCAUAUAUUUACUAUAAGAUAAUACAUAUAAUUGUGUUAAACAGAAUACCUAAUUUACAAGAAUUUGCUCACUCCAAAAGUCAAAAUGCAACAAAAGAAGAAGAAGAACUAUUGAAAAUUUAUAACAUGCUAGUGAAGACCUUAUUAAAUGAUGACAAAAUACAGCAUAUCAAGACAUAUUUAAGAAACAAUCAAGUCACAAAGAAUCACAAAACAACUGAGGAGUAUAAGAAAGAUAUUAACAAGGAAUUAAUAAAUACUGAAUUAUUUAAUUUACCAUUAUCGGGAUCAGGAAUCUCUGCUAUUCAGUUAAAUCAUUUAAUUCAAAUAUAUAAUGACACACUAUUAGUCAUCGAUGUACGACCAAGAAUGGAAUUUGAAGAAUCUCAUAUUAAAUGUAAAAAUAUUAUAUGCAUUGAACCUGUAUCAUUCAAUGAAUCUUUUACAGACUUAGAAUUACAAAAAAAAUCAAUGAUUACUUCACCUAGUGAUGAGGUUAAAACUUUUGCUAAAAAAGAUACCUUCAAUUAUAUCGUAAUAUGUACAGACACUGAUGAGAAAAAACAAUUUUAUCUACACCAACAGUUAGUGUUAUUAGAUUUAUUAAUGAACAAAUCAUUCACUAAACCAAUGUUUCAAAAAAAUGUAAAAAUAUUCAUUUUAGAGAAAGGGUUUAAAAAUUGGGUCUACAAAAAAGGAGAAUGUGAGGCAUCCUCACCGAUUACUGAUGUAGUUAAACCUGAUUUUACAACUACUAGAAUUCAAGAUAAUAAUAAAUUAAUUGAGAAACCAGAGAUACAGAAGCAAAGUGGGGAUAGUAUAUAUAUUGAAGGAAACACUUCAGCUCUUAAUCUACAAAAAUUGCCUGAAUUGACCGCUAAUGUGGGCUAUGCCAAGGAUAAUUCGAUGAGAGUGAUGAUGAAUUCUUCCAGUAAUUUCAGCUACUCUAAAGAUUAUCAUUUACCGUUACAGCAAUCCCCGUUACCGCAAAGGACACCGAGUUUUAAGAGCCUAUUCAAUAGAAAUGGUUCUAUUCCAACAGUUUCCCAAAAUGGAAAUCCUGCAGCUUCACCAUAUAUGACAAAGUAUUCAAAUUCAGGUCAAUAUAAUAUAAACUCUGAAAGCCCUCACAAGUCCCCGUCCACAUCUCAAAUUACCAAUGCGUAUUCCUUACCUGUCAAUUCAAAACCAUCGAUAAAUUUGAAUAUAUCACGAUAUCCAGAAACUCCAAACUUAUCAACUGUUUCUACUAAUAAUAUGAAUAUUCAUAAUAAUACCAUGGGCCCUAUUUCUCCUAUCAAUAGUAGAGUAAUAACCCCGUCAUCGAGACUCGAUGAAUCAUCGUCUCCUGGUCAUAGACUUGUUCCCAUCAACAGUUCAGAAUUGUAUAAUAUAAAAAGCAUUGAAAAUUACAAACCAAGUAGCGGAUCUACAAUGAAACCCUUAUUAUUAAAAUCGGCUACGUCAAAACCACCAAGUCAAUCGUUACCUUCAUUGCCUCAGUUACCUUCAGCAUCAGACACAUUGAAAUCAUAUACUAAUUCUGACAAGGAUUACGAUUUUUCUAUAGGUUUGGAAAACAUGGGUAAUUCAUGUUAUCUAAAUUGUAUCAUUCAAUGUUUAUUAAGUUCUCAUGAAUUUACAAGAAUAUUUUUAAAUAAUUCAUAUGAGAAACAUAUCAAUUUAAAGAGUAAAUUAGGCUCGAAGGGGGUAUUGGCAAGGAAUUUUGCGAGACUAAUAAAUACAAUGUAUACUGAAGGGUCUGAACAGAGUAAGAAUGACAGAAAUGGUCCAGUAAAACCUGCUCAGUUUAAAUUGGCUUGUGGGUCUAUAAAUUCAAUUUUUAGAAGUGAUUUGCAACAAGACAGUCAAGAAUUUUGUCAAUUCUUACUAGAUGGAUUGCACGAAGAUUUAAACCAAUGUGGUGCAAACCCUCCAUUGAAGGAACUUUCACCGAACGCUGAAAAGAUGAGAGAAAAAUUGUCUCUGAGAAUUGCUUCAUCUAUUGAAUGGGAGAGAUAUCUAACUACCGAUUUUAGCGUAAUAGUUGAUCAAUUUCAAGGACAAUAUGCCUCGCAACUAAGAUGUAAGGUUUGUGGAGGAACUUCGACUACGUAUCAGGCAUUUUCGGUAUUAUCCGUACCAGUUCCACGUGGUAAAUCGUGUAACAUAAUUGAUUGUUUUAACGAAUUUACCAAGGUAGAGAAUUUAGAAACAGAUGAAUUAUGGGCAUGUCCUCAUUGUAAAAAGAAGCAACCAUCCACUAAAAAAUUAACGAUCACAAGGCUGCCAAGAAAUUUAAUUAUUCAUCUCAAGAGGUUCGAUAACAUGUUAAAUAAGAAUAAUAUUUUUGUUAAAUAUCCAUUUUUAUUGGAUCUAACGCCCUAUUGGGCGAAUGAUUUUGAUGGCAGGCUGCCGCCGGGUGUAACAGAGGAAUUGCCAACCAGAGGCCAAAUACCACCAUUCAAUUAUAAGUUAAAUGCAGUUGCAGCACAUUUUGGAAGUUUAUAUGGUGGGCAUUAUACAUCUUAUGUUGAUAAAGGUAAGUUUGGAUGGCGUUAUUUUGAUGAUACUAAAAUCAGACCUUUGAAGAAUUCAUAUGAAUGCAUAACUUCUAAUGCGUACGUUUUAUUCUAUCACAGAGUGUAUGGAGUUUAG